AUGAAGUCGACUCUAUCCCUUCUCGCAUGUCUACUCACAGGCGCCUCGGCGACCAUCUAUUAUGCUGGAGUCGCCGAGUCCGGUGGUGAGUUUGGGGUCUACAGCUCAACUGCUACGCCUGGGUUCGGGCUACCAGGCACCUUCGGCGUGGACUACCAGUUCAUCAAUCAGGCGGGCGUGGAUGUCCACGUGGACCAAAACCACCUGAACCUCUUCCGCAUUGCCUUCCUUCUCGAGCGCAUGUGUCCCGUAGCCACGGGCCUCGGCGCGUCCUUCAACGAGACGCACUUCGACCUCUUCAAGGAUGCGGUCGACUACGUGACCGUCACCAAGGGGGCGUAUGCGAUACUCGACCCUCACAACUACAUGCGCUACAAUGACCCGUCAUCGCAACCGUACAGCGGCAGCGUCAUCGGCAACACGUCGGACGUCACGGCCGCAACCACCGCCCAGUUCGGCGAGUUCUGGGGCGAGCUCGCGGGCCGCUUCGCCGAUAACGAAAAGGUCAUCUUCGGCCUGAUGAACGAGCCGCACGACAUGCCGUCCAGCCUCGUGCUCGAGAACAACCAGGCCGCCAUCGACGCCAUCCGCGCCACGGGCGCCGAGAACCUGAUCAUCAUGCCCGGAAACAGCUGGACGGGAGGCCACGCGUGGACCGAGGGUACAGACCCCAGCAGUGCGGUCAUGUACCAGUUCAAGGACCCGGUCAAUAACACUGCGCUUGAUAUCCACGAGUAUCUCGACGUCGACUUUAGCGGGGGCCACAGCGAAUGCGUCAGCGCUCCCGAGACGUACUUGGCUAAUCUGACGGAGUGGCUGAAGACCUACCAGCUCAAAGCCUUCAUCACCGAGUUCGGCGGCGCCAACAACACGGGCUGCGCCGCCAUGCUCACCGACAUGGUGGACUACAUGGCCGACAACGAGGAGUACAUCGGCUGGACCGCGUGGGCCGCGGGACCCUUCUGGGGCGCGAGCAGUCCCUGCUGCACCGACUCGCUGCAGCUCGGCAGCCUGGAGCCGGGGAGCACGGCUGCGGACGGGAGUCCGGGGUUGUACACGACUGUUUGGCUCGAGACGUUGCAGCCGCUUGUGCCGAGCUUGCUGCAGUGGUCGGGCGGGGCGAGCGUGGCGGGUGGUGAGCUGGUUGCUUUCUCUGGUUAG